CCCCAGCCCGGCCCUGCCUGCCCCGGCCCGGCCCCGCCGCGCUAUAAGAGGGGCAGCGGCGGGGCCGGGCGCUCACGCUGGCGGCGGGAGGCGGCAGCGGCGCUGGGGCAUCGCCGCCCGCCAUGAAAUCUCCUGCAGCCCAGCGCCCGGCGGGGCAAGCGCCGGGGGAGGACGGUGGGGGCCUGGCGGAGGCGCUGGGGGAGUUCGACGCGGUGCUGGCGGAGUUCUCCUGCCCCGCCGGCCGGCGCCGCUUCUUCUACGGCGAGCACCUGGAGCGCAUGAAGCGGCGGAGCAGCGCCAGCGUCAGCGACGGCAGCGGCCUCAGCGACUCCGAGAGUGCAGAUUCCCUCUACAGAAAUAGUUUCAGUCUCAGUGAUGAAAAGCUCAACUCUUCAACUGCAUCUACUCCAAGCUUGCCGUCCCCUUCAGUGACUCCUUGUAAAGCAAAGCUUGGAGACACAAAAGAGCUGGAGGACUUCAUUGCUGAUCUUGACAGAACACUAGCAAGUAUGUGAAAUGAAUUUUCAGCGUUGUGCUUGCAUGUGAAUGUCCUCUGAAGGAUAAGUGACACCAAUCAGUGAGAACUGCUGCCCUCGUCUGAUAACUUUGCUCAAGAUACCCUCUGAACAUAACCUUUGUGAACUCCUACAAGUAUUUAACUGGCAACAUUGGUUCUGGGGUUUGGGUUUUAUUGGGUGUUUUUGUGGAUUUUUUUUUUUUUUUACUUUGCAGCAGGUGGAAUAACUUAAAUGUUAGAGCUGUAUUUUGCUUUAAAAUAUAGCUUGAAUUUUAAUUUAAAGUUGCUUUUAUGCAAAUAUAUUUGUAAUUUUAUAUAGUUGAAGACUUUAAUGCUUUUCUCCAUUAUAAUAUAUUUUUGUAUGCAAAUAAAUCCUGAACUGAAAUCCAGAUGUCUGUAAGCUUCCUAUGAACAUGCAAACUCUGAAAUAGAAGUACAAAUUAAACUCUUAUUGAAAACAACAUGCUUUAAAACAUCUUGAUAAUGGUAUAUUUCCUGUUAGGUAAAAUUUGUUGUGCUAGUUGAAUGUGGUUGCUUAAAUAAGAACUCUGUGCUACGUAAAAUUAAUACAAGCAGGAAAAUAAUAAGUUUGGUCACACUGUUACUUCAGAUUUGUGUUAAUACAAAUAAAGUAACACUGACUUACUAGGCAUUUGAA